CCGUGUUCAAAAGCUUACGAUGGUAAGUGGAAGUACUUAUAAGUUGGCUUUCGCAGGCUUUGAACUGCUAGCACGACAACAAAAACAAAAAAGGAAAGAAAAGAUCGUUUAAGUUCAUUUGGCAUAUCAGACUAUGGUGGGUUCUUUUGGAGUGAGAAAAGGAGCAUGGACUGAAGAGGAAGAUAACCUUUUGAGAAAGUGCAUUGAAGUUCAUGGAGAAGGAAAAUGGCAUCAAGUUCCUUUAAGAGGAGGUUUGAACAGAUGCCGUAAAAGCUGUAGACUUAGGUGGUUGAACUACUUAAAGCCAAAUAUCAAGAGAGGAGAAUUCGCGGCAGAUGAAGUUGAUCUAAUGCUUAGACUUCACAAGCUUCUAGGCAACAGGUGGUCACUGAUUGCUGCUAGACUUCCAGGAAGAACAUCGAAUGAUGUGAAGAACUAUUGGAAUACUCACAUACAAAGGAAAAGGGUUUCCAAUAAAAAGGUGGUCAGCCAUGAAACCACAGAGGUAGUAAAGCCCAUCAUAAUAAGGCCUCGACCUCGAAGCUUCAGUAAAAGUUCACCUUGGUUGAGAAAAAAUAACAUCAGUGCACUUAUAGAUAACGUCAACAACCCAUCUCCAGCAUGGCAGCCGCAGGCACUAGAGCACGAUCAUAAAUGGUGGGAAAGCCUGUUAAAUGACAAAGAAGAUAAUGGAUCAGGAAGCACUUGCCCGGCUCCGGAAUUAGAGGGUGAACCUAUCACCAAUCUCUGGCUUCAAGCAAUUGCAGCGGAAAAGGAGAUGGUGGAUACUACUGUUGAAAAUGGAAAAAAUGAAUGGAGGGACAUCUCCCUUGAGGCAGAUGACAUUUGGAAUCUUUUAAGUGCAAUUUAGGUUAAUUUACUCUUGAGUGUUUUCCAAUAAUCAUGAAUGUUAUAUAAGUAAUCGAAUAUUUCUAGUGUUUGAUAAUGUAAUAUCUAUUUU